GGCUUGUCCAGCUAGGCCAAUGAGAGCGCGAAGCGCUGGACCGUCGUUGGGCGCGAGGCCGGCGCAUGGCGGACGCGGCACUCUUCGAGUUUCUGCAUACCGAGAUGGUGGCGGAGCUGUGGGCGCACCACUCCGACCCUGGCCCUGGGGGAGGAGGUGGGGUCACAGGGCCCAUGUCUGCCUCACGCCAGAGGCGUGCCAGCAAGGGACCAGAGGGCUGCCCGGUGACAGCCAGCAGGAAGCUGUGUCCUCACCAGGUCCGGUCCCCACAGGGACAGAAGAUGAGCCUGUGUGUCCUGGAGGGCAUGGGCUUCCGUGUGGGCCAGGCCCUGGGAGAGAGGCUGCCCCAGGAGACGCUGGCCUUCAGGGAGGAGCUGGACAUCCUCAAGUUCCUGUGCAAAGACCUGUGGGUGGCCGUGUUCCAAAAGCAGAUGGACAGCCUCCGUACCAAUCACCAGGUGUGCUGCGCACGCCCCGGCCCAGCUUCCAGACUGCCAACUGCAGCCCCCACUGGGUUCUUCUCUGUCCCCAGGGGACCUACGUCCUACAGGAUAACAGCUUCCCCCUCCUCAUCCGGAUGGCCUCGGGCCUGCAGUAUCUGGAGGAAGCACCCAAGUUCCUGGCCUUCACCUGCGGCCUUCUGCGAGGCGCCCUCAGCACCCUGGGCAUCAAGAGCCUGGUCACCGCCUCCGUGGCAUCCCUGCCCACCUGUAAGUUCCAGGUGGUGAUCCAGAAAACCUGAGGAGCGCCCCCAUCCACAGGCCACCCCGCAGAGCCUCACAGCCCCCGCUGGCCCGGGGACCUCAGAGCCCCACCUUUGGGGGUGGCCAGAGGGCUCACGCUGGGGACCCCAGGCUCUACGGGCGAUGGACAAGUGGGAGGGGGGAUGGUGCUGGGGGCCGACCGCUCUAGGGCAUCACAUGUGCUCCCCAGGUGGGUAUCACAGAGAGGUCGGGGUGUCCUGGGAACAAGGUGGCCCAAGUUGGGGCCAGUGUGAAGGGAUCCCUACGUUGGGCCCCUUGCUCGGCAUGGCAGGUGCCCAAUAAAGGUUCUGCGUGUGGAA